UAUGGAGAUGCAGCGUCAACAAUCUACCAGCGAGGAAGCGUUACUUCACUGGGCCUACCCUCUAUGGAUGGGUUAGGAAGAUUAAUCUCAGUCUUCGAAAAUGAGUCCUUUUCUAGGGAGUCGAGAUAGUGUUGAAAGUCUCAGAAAAGACCUCAUCGACCUCCAGGGGGCCAUUCUGGAAGUGUUCUCCAGGACGGGACCUGUACGCUGUUCCUCCUGGAAGUUCCCUGACAAGCUGUCAUGCAACCUCGACCUGGUCUCGCUGCUGGAGCAGUAUGACCACAUUGAAGGGGAUGAUGAAUUCAACCAGUACUCCUACAUUGUAUUGCUGGAGCUGGUGAUUGACAGGCUAUUGCUGCUGCUGCAAAGUUUCAGUCUUUAUACGGUGCAGCUGAGGAGCGGACCAAGCAGUGAGCACAGUCAGAAGCAGGGAUGUGUGUCAGUCGGUCUGAUUGUCAGGCAUUAUUGGAGUAAUUUAAUUGAACUUGCUAACCUAAAGGAUGCAUUUAAAGAAAGCCAGGGAGCAACUAAAAUAAAUCCAAAGGACUGUGAAGAAAAAAAACACUCACUGUCUCUUUACUCCGGGAGUCAAUCUUCACGUGCAUCUUUAUUGUCUUCUUCAAGUUCCCUCCACUCCUUUGCAAAUAAUGAAGUCAACGCUGUCCCCACCCAUCCUAAUUUCCGUCCCUCGCCUACGGUUCUCUGCACCCCCACCCGCAAGGUCAGCUGCCAGACGGUGGAGUCGUCUCUCGUCCCCUGUGACGCCUGCGAUCAGGUGCAGUGUGUGUUGAGGCAGACCGGGGACUGCCUGGUGGAGCUGUGUCAGAGCGAGGGCCUGCCCUCCUCCCUGCAGCCCCUCCUGGUCGCUGUGGACGACACGGUGGAGCUUGGACACCUGAGCGCAGGUGACCUCGCCCAGUGGGCGCGGGAGCAGCGGAGGGAUAUGGGUCGGCUGGGGAAACACCUCAGGGAGGUGCGGGGGACAGUGCAGCCUCUCACCGAUAGGCUCACCGCCGCAGAGAAAGAGGGGGGAAAAGCCAAGGAUCGGUUGGAGAGAGCACAGGAGGGUGCGAAGAAGGAAAGGGAAAAGUACCUCGCCAGCAAACGCCAGAUGGAGCUUUUACUGCGGGAAGCGCAAAGGUCCGUGACAGAGAAAGAGAGGAGGCUGCAAGAGGAACAACAACGCCUGCUGAGGAGUAAUUCCAUUUUUGAAGACCAGAUAUCUAAAUUGAAAGAGGAAUUAGCUGCACAACUGGAAAGUUUGAAUACGCUGGAGAGGGAGAAAGGCGGUCUGGUGAAGAUGGUGAAGGCCUUGCGGACAGCAGAAGAGGCCCACCUCAAGCUGCAGGGAAGGACCCAGCUAUUGGAAAGUCAGAUGGCUGACAUGCAGCUCAGCCUCAACAAAGAGUCUUCCAAGUAUCAGAGCGCUUGCCAUCAACAAGUGUCCAUGCAGGCCCAGGAAAAGUCCUUGGUGGAGAGGAUGGAGACUCUAGACCAGGAGCGGGAGGAGCUGCAGAGCCAGCUGGAGAAGAGCGAGGCGCGGCAGAGCCAGCUCCAGGAUCAACUGAACCACGUGACAGAGGAGAAGAAGACACUGCUGGAUCAGUCCGCCCCCCAGCAGGUCUUGUGCGCUGAGCUCCAGGGGGAGAAGGAUCUGCUGGAGGCUCAGGUGGAAGAGCUGAAAAGCAUCGUGGGGCGUCUGGACGGAGAAGUGAAGGAUCUCAGCCACAGGGAGAGACUGCUGGUGGCCUUUCCAGAACUCGCCACCAUGCACCUGACACAGCCUCAGAGCUCAGGGAAUGUGCUUUUCGACAUGGAGCAGCAAUUAGAGGCCAACCACAUCCGAAUCGAGCUCCUGGAAAAAGAAAAUACAACUUUGCGCAACAGCCUUGUGACACUAAAUGAAAGAUAUAUUUCUACUAUGGGCUCCUCACCUGAAGAACCUAAGUACAGAUCACCACAAACAUCUCCUUCGGGGGACCAUCGAGUAGAAACCAAACAGACACAGUGUUUCAGUUCGCCGCAGGGCGGCAGCAGUAGAGCAGCGCAGCUGAAACCCGACCCGCGAAUGGGGGCAGGUGGAGGAGAAGGUGGCCCAAAUUAUAUUGGCUGGGGGGACGAUUUCUCAUCCAUCGCCACCACUCGAGCCAGCCCCACCGCCUCCCGCUCCUCCCCUUCCUCCGCCCUGCUGCUGCUGAACGGGCACAUCCUCCAGAGCAAAACAGGAAGAGGACGAGGUUCCGGGAGAUUCAAAACAUUAGGUCAAACACGCCACGCCUACCUGGCGGACCGGGCUGCAGCAAACCGAGGGAAUAGGUGAAACCUGUCUGUGUGUAAAUGUUAGUGUAAAUAUUUAAUGUUACACCUCACUGCUACAUUAAUAGAGCAUAACCAUUUUCAUGUCAUUGGGUUAUUAUACAUCAAUUCUAUUAUCAAUUAUAUCAAAUUUUUAAUCAGUGUCUCAUUUCAUUUGGUGUCUUUAGGUUUUUCGAAAAUGGUUUGACUUCUCGUAGCGUGUAAAUGUUAUGGUGUUGCAUGUGGAUACCUCUAGUGACGCCACAGUGCACAUGUUGCAAAGAGCCCUAUCAGGUAGCAGUGUGCAGUGGUGCAUUAAAAGGACUGGCUUCAGUGAAUGACUUACAUUAGAACUAAAGAACUAGCCCCGAAAGCCUUGGAUGUCACAAACAAUGCCACACAGGUGGGCGGGCAGAUUGGUUAUCAGGCUCUUCUGCUGUGAAAUGACGUUCCCAUGGCAACCUAAGCGCAUGACAUUCGUGCAGUCUUUUUCGUUAACUUUUUGGAGUCGUCUUUCAACAGUGUUUCGAGAGAAAACACGAGAGGGUACACACACACACACACACACACACACACACACAUUUUCCUGAAAGUUAUAUGUUCCUGUGUAUAUUUUGAGUUUCACUUCGCAGAUGAAUGAUAUUUGCAAAUGGAAAUGUGAGCUGCUGAUUAGUAAUCCAAGUAACGUGUGUUACCUGACCGUAUGACAAGCUUCUAAUCAAAUGUAUGAGAGUAACUUUUCAGUGCAAAACAAAUCUCCAAGUACUCAUGUCUGGCAAUAAAUUUGAGUUAUGAUCAAUUUAUUCAACUAAACAUAUCAACUUUGAAUGACUGAUCCCCUGAUUUAGUUGAACACAUUCUCAAGAGGUUAAUCCUUAAAACAGUUAAGCUGCAACAUCAAGCAUGUAAUUUGUCUUGGCAUGUGUCGUUAAUAAUUAUAAAACAAAACUUA